AUGGCACAACUGAACGCCGAUUUGGAAGUUGUUAAACUGAUGAUCAUUUUGGAAGUGGUCACGUUUGUCGGUGGGUAUCAAUGUCAUCCACGCCAACAGAUCAUGUACGCCGCAGAAAAUCGGGCACUGCGAGGGUUUGCAUAUGCAAACAAAACUGUGCGAUCUCGUGUCAUCUGCGGACGGGAAUGCAGCAUGGAUGAACGUUGCAAGUCGUUUAACUUCAACGAAUGCAAUAAAAUGUGCGAAUUGAACCUUGCCACAAGACGAGAGCAUCCCGAAGACUUCAAUGCAACUCAAGGGAGUGUGUACUUUGAUGCAGAUGAGGACACACCUCUCUGCUCACUGACUGAUAGCUCCUUGAAUGGCUACAGAAGUUGCAAGAUGCUCUUAGAUGCCGGUUAUCGUUCAAGCGGUAUCUACACAAUCUACCCAGAGGGAUUUGUCGGUUGCAGCCUUCGUGUCUACUGUGACAUGGAAACUGACGGCGGGGGAUGGAUCGUGUUUCAGAGGCGACAAGAUGGCAGCGUGGACUUCUACCGUAACUGGGCCGAGUACCAGUCUGGGUUUGGUGAUCUGUCCGGUGAGUUCUGGUUGGGCAAUGACAACUUGGUGUCUCUGAAGUCUGACGAUUCACGAGGAGCAUGGGAGCUACGAUUUGAUUUAGAGGACUGGGAGGGCAACACGGCAUGGGCGAAGUUCGCAGAUUUCCAAAUAUCCCCGGGUGAGUACAAUCUGAACAUUGGCCAAUACGAUGCCAACAGCACUACCGGUGACUCUCUUGGGCGUCACGGAGGCUUUCCCUUUUCAACAAAGAAUCGUGACAAUGAUGCAGGGGAGAGAAAUUGUGCGCAAUCCUUCCACGGAGCCUGGUGGUUUAAAAAUUGUUUGGUCUCUAACUUGAAUGGUCGAUAUUAUCCAGAUGAGCACGCAGCUGGUGAUCGUUGGGGCGUCUAUUGGCGCUCCUGGAAACGCGAUUUCUAUUCUUUGAAAGCCUGUCAGAUGAAAAUUCGUGUGAUGGGACCAUGA